AUGAAGAAGCUCUGCAUCUCUCCCGAAAACUUGACAGUGUUGAUUGAGAAAAAGAAGAAGAAGAGGAGACCACUUGCCAGGACGACUCAAAGGAGUGUUCCAACUUGGGGACAAAUUAAACAAUUGGUUUCACGAGCUCAAGAGUUAGUGAAACAACAGAAUAAUCCUGUUACACCUGUGACUUUAUUUUUGGGUAUGUUGGCAACCAUUUCAUGUGUCCCCUCUGUUAAUGCAGCAACUUACUGGGCCUAUGUACCUGAUCCUCCACUAUUACAACCCAUAUCUUGGUCUGAAGCAGAGUUUCCUGUAUUUUACAAUGAUACUGUUUAUGGACCUCUUAUAUGGAAUAUAAAACAAAUCAAUAUGUCUGUAAAUUAUACUAACUGGUUUAGUACCUAUCCUGUCUGUCUUAGCCCAUUGAAUCUGGAAACUGGAUGUGUAAAGGCUAUUAGUUAUGAGCAUACAGAUGUUGAUGAGGGAACGGAUCAAUCAAUUAGUUUGUCAGGCUCUCCAGGCAUCCUUCGUUUUACAGCAACCAACAUUACUCUUGCAUGCCGGGCUACCAGCCGACGAGAGGAUCUUAAGGAUACCAUCACUUGCUAUAAAAAUGGGCAACCUAUUAAUAUUAGAGGUCGAAUCUCAUAUGCCUCACCACUUAGGGACUCUGCUAUUACUAUAGCCAAGGUUACAGGUGAAGAUUCAGGAAAUUAUUUCUGUAUGAAGCGUUUACUUGGAGGACAAGGGAUACUUAUGGCUGGACAUAUGGUUACUAUUCUUAAGAGAAAAUCAAAAACUCAAUUUCCUCCUUUUAUGACCAUUAACUUUCCUGGAUCCAAUUUUGAAUGUUGCAAUGCAUCUUGGGAUAAUAACCAAAUAUGGUGUACUAUAGAUUAUACCAGGGGGUAAAUUCUUAUCUCUUCUAUUCCCGUCAUAGAUAGGUUUAUCGCAUUUCAAAAGAACUGGGAUAUAUGGAAACUAGCUCUAACUUAUUCCAAUACACCUGUUAUAACUUGUGUUGCUCCUCCAUAUACACUUUUUUUAAAUUAGUUUCUGCUUUAUAACAAAG